AUGGAAAGAAGGAAUAUAAGACUCAGGAAGCCCCUUCGCUCGGACGGACUUCUCCAAUUUCCAAGAUGGAUUUCCUUAGGAGAAGUUGGCUCGAGCGGGCCACUCUUCUUAUUUGCCUAUUUGACCCUUUUGGAAUUCCAUUCCGUCUUUCAGCGGUUCCACGAGAAAUCCGCCGAGGAGUCGAAUCCGUAUGCCCCGGCGGCAGAUAAAAAGAUUUGGCCGUCAGUAAUGGAAAUUACAUUUGUCUGGGCGACAAGGAAGAGUAUGGUCUUAGAAGUUGAGGCGAAGCAAAGCGUACGAACGAAGCGAAGUUCAGUCAUAAAGCUGGUCGAGUGUAGAGAACUUCCUUGCCCGCAGAAGAGGAUCAUUCAUUCGCAUAAAGGAUCCAUCCCUUCCAAUCCUGCAGCUAAUGUUGCUGCUGGUGCAGAAGUAGCUGCCUUUUUAGCCUUAUCUGGCACUUUUUGGUCGAUGACUUUCCGGGGAAGGAUCAGUUUAAUAGCUAACAGCGGGGGAAGACCCUAUAGUCAAGGCUUUAUCGGAAGUCUCUCCAAGGGUCUAGUCUGCCCGGCGAUCGUGUUUUUCACAGGAUUUCUCGUUACUCAUGUCAGCACAAUAUCCAAACAGCGAACGGGUUUUCUGGUGCCAGCUACACAAUCCUUUAUGCCAACGCUUUUUAGAGUCGACUCAACGGUGCUCAAGCUUGAUCUUCCUACUCCUAUCUUCCCCCAGAGAAGGAAAGGGCUCAAUGUAGGUACGGAACUGACGCUCAAGGGAAGGAAAGAGGUCCUUCUUCUGCAUGAAAGGAAAUUACUACGUCUCGCUGGGGCCUGCCUAGAUGGAGCCUCUGAAUCCAGAUCGAGGAGACUCUUUUUUGAUCGACUUAGGGUCGAUCUCCUUCUUUCACACGAAGAGGACGGGGGCAAAGCCAAGAUCGUCUGCUGUAAAACUUGCCUUAGGGCAAUCAGUCUACUUGCCUUGUCCAGCAUCGAAUUCAAAAGGAAAAUCCCUUUUCUUAUAAGCUGGGCUGGCAGGAGAAGGCUUCCCCAACAGCACUGGUUUGUCCACCUUCAUGAUCUUUCAAAAUUGUCCCUAUUACUGACACCUGGAGCCAGGUGA